AUGGUCCAUCUCUCCCGCGUCCAGACCGGCCUCAACGACCCCACGGCCGAGCAGCACGCCGCCGACCACGCCAAGGACCUGCACCACAAGGCCUCGCAGCUGCACCUCGCCGACUACAAUGACGAGUUCACCACGUCCAUCUACGGCUCGCGCUUCGCCCGCGAGGACCUGCCCAAGAACCGCAUGCCCGAGGGUGCCAUGCCCAAGGAGGUGGCCUACCAGAUGAUCAAGGACCAGCUGAGCCUCGACGGCAAUCCCAAGCUCAACCUGGCCUCUUUCGUCUCGACUUAUAUGGAAGACGAGGCCCUCAAGCUCAUGACCGACGCCUUUCCCACCAACUUCAUCGACUACGAAGAGUACCCCUACACCGCCGACAUCCAGAACCGCUGCGUAAACAUGAUUGCCAACCUUUUCCACGCCCCCAACGACGACGUCAUCGGCACCUCGACCGUCGGCUCCUCCGAGGCCAUCAUGCUCGCCGUCCUCGCCAUGAAGCGCCGCUGGAAGCUCGCCCGCAAGGCCGCCGGCAAGUCCACCGAGAGCCCCAACAUCAUCAUGUCCUCCGCCGUCCAGGUCUGCUGGGAAAAGGCCGCCCGCUAUUUCGAGAUUGACGAAAAGUACGUCGACUGCACCCGCGAGCGCUUCGUCAUUGACCCCGAGGCCGCCGUCUCACUCGUCGACGAAAACACUAUUGGCAUCGUCUCCAUCCUCGGAACGACCUAUACCGGCCAUUACGAGGACACCAAAGCCAUCAAUGACCUGCUCGUCGCCAAGAACAUUGACUGCCCCAUCCACGUCGACGCUGCCUCGGGCGGCUUCGUCGCUCCCUUUGUCGUGCCUGACCUCGAGUGGGAUUUCCGCCUGCCCAAGGUUGUUUCCAUUAACACCUCCGGCCACAAGUACGGCCUCGUCCACCCCGGCGUCGGCUGGGCCGUCUGGCGCUCGUGCGAGUACCUCCCCAAGGACCUCAUCUUCAACAUCAACUACCUCGGCGCCGAGCAGUCUUCCUUCACCCUCAACUUCUCCAAAGGCGCCUCCCAGGUCAUCGGCCAGUACUACCAGCUCAUCCGCCUCGGCAAGCACGGCUACCGCGCCAUCAUGAGCAACCUCGUCCGCACCGCCGAUCACUUGUCCGCCCGCCUCGAGGACCUCGGCUUCGUCAUCAUGUCGGAGAAGUCGGGCGACGGCCUGCCUCUCGUCGCGUUCCGCUUCGCCGAGGGCGCCGAAAAGGGCGCCAACGCCGACCGCGCCUACGACGAGUUCGCCCUGGCCGCCCACCUGCGCGCCCGCGGCUGGAUCGUCCCCGCCUACACCAUGGCGCCCAAGACGGAAGGGCUCAAGAUGCUGCGCGUCGUCUGCCGCGAGGACUUUUCCCGCAGCCGCGCCGACGACCUCAUCUCCGACGUCAAGCUGUGCCUCGGCAUGCUCGAGACAUCGGACAAGCAGUCGCUCGAGCGCGCCAAAAAGUACAUCAAGGAGCACGUCUCGUCGCACGGCAAGAAGAACCACGACCACACGGCCCACGAGUACAAGGACGAGGAGCACUCUCUGCAGGGCAAGACGGGCAAGACGCACGCCAUCUGCUAA